GCGCCCGCGAACUACCUAUCCCGUCGUGCUCCGGGGGAGGCGCGCUUCGUCGAGCGACUUCCGGUGGCCGGAAGAAGCGUCGCUGCGCCCGCCGCUCGCUCAAGUCAGUAUCUCCUCAGCUCGCUCGGCCCUCGGAUCGGCGGCGGCGGCGGAGGCGGCGGGCGGCCUCGGCAUGGAGGAGAACGACUGGCGCAGCGCCAACUUCAGGCAGAAGCUCGUCAGCCAGAUUGAAGAUAGCAUGCGGAAUGCUGGAGUGGCUCACAAUAAGAGCAGCAAAGAGAUGGAGAACCACGUUUUCUUGAAGGCCAAAUCACGGGAGGAGUAUCUUUCCCUGGUGGCAAGACUCAUCAUCCACUUUCGGGAUAUCCACAACAAGAAGAACCAGGCCUCCGUCAGUGAUCCCAUGAACGCCUUGCAGACCCUGACGGGCGGCCCACCUGCAGGAGCAGCGGGCAUGGGCAUGGCAUCUCGCCCCCAGGGGAUGGGUGUGCUCGGGCCCCCCAUGGGGCAGCAGAUGAGCCUUCCGGGGCAGCAGGCGGCACCAGGGGCAGCUGGGAUGGCCCCCCGUGGCAUUCCAGGCAUCUCGGCAGCUUCCCAGCCAACCCAGCUCCAGCUGCAGCAGAUGGCCCAGCAACAGCAGCAGCAGUUUCAGCAGCAGCAGGCACAGGCGCAGCAGCAACAGCAGGCAGCGCUGCAGCAGCAGCAGUUCCAGGCCCAGCAGACGGCCAUCCAGCAGCAGUUCCAGGCGGUGCAGCAGCAGCAGCAGGCGGCAGCCGUGGCGCAGCAGCAGCAGCAGCAACAGCAGCAGAUGCAGGCAGCCCAGCAGCAGCACAUGCUGAAACUGCAUCAGCAGAACCAGCAGCAGAUGCAGCAGCAGCAGCAACUGCAGCGGAUUGCUCAAAUGCAACAGUUGCAAGUUCAGGCCAUACAGGCCCAGCAACAGCAGCAGCAGCAGCAACAACAGCAGCAGCAGCAGCAGCAGCAACAACAACAACAACAGCCACCCCCAUCGCAGCAGGUUAUGCAGCAGCAGAUGCAACAGAUGCAGCAGCAACAGGCUGCACAAGCUCAGCCGCCGCAGCCAGUAGUGUCUCAGGCACAGACAAUCCCAGGGCAGAUCCCUGGUCAGGUCAUGCUCACAGCCCAACAGAUUAAAGUCAUGCAGGCAAGAGCUUUGCACCAACAGCAGCAGCAGCAGCAGCAACAACAACAGCAGCAGCAGCAGCAGCAGCAGCAGCAACAACAACAACAGCAGCAGCAGCAGCAACAACAACAACAGCAGCAACAACAACAACAACAGCAACAACAACAACAGGCAGCCGCGGCUCAAGCUCAGGCUGCUCAGAUGGGUGCUUCAGGACCGAUGAUCACCGCAACUAUGGCCCGAGGUGGGAUGCAAAUAAGACCACGGUUCCCGCCUACCACCGCUGUCUCUGCCACGCCUCCAAGCACCAUUCCUUUGGGUGGACAGCAAAUGCCUCAGGUCAGCCAGAGCAGCAUCACCAUGAUGUCUUCUCCUUCACCAGCCCAGCAAGCCCAGACCCCUCAGCCGAUGCCUCCGCCACCUCAGCCCUCUCCCCAGCCAGGGCAGCCAACUUCCCAGCCCAACUCCAAUGUCAGCUCCGGUCCAGCCCCAUCUCCCAGCAGCUUCCUCCCCAGUCCAUCUCCUCAGCCCUCUCAAAGUCCAGCAGCUGCACGAACGCCACAGAACUUCAGUGUCCCAUCUCCGGGGCCACUAAAUACUCCAGGCAAUCCCAACUCUGUCAUGAGCCCAGCGAGCUCCAGCCAAUCUGAGGAGCAGCAGUACCUGGAAAAACUCAAGCAGCUCUCCAAGUACAUUGAGCCUCUGCGGAGGAUGAUCAACAAGAUAGAUAAGAAUGAAGACAGGAAGAAGGACCUCAGUAAGAUGAAAAGCCUGCUGGAUAUUCUGACUGAUCCUUCCAAACGCUGUCCUCUGAAGACACUGCAGAAAUGUGAAAUUGCUCUGGAGAAGCUCAAGAAUGACAUGGCUGUGCCCACCCCCCCACCCCCUACAGUGCCUCCCACAAAGCAGCAGUACUUGUGCCAACCCUUGUUGGAUGCUGUCUUGGCCAAUAUCCGCUCACCAGUCUUCAAUCAUUCCCUCUACCGAACCUUUAUGCCAGCAAUGACUGCCAUCCAUGGUCCACCCAUCACGACCCCGGUGACUUCCACUCGGAAGCGGAAAUAUGAAGAGGACGAAAGGCAGACUAUACCAAAUGUAUUACAAGGGGAGGUUGCAAGAUUAAACCCAAAGUUCUUGGUGAACCUGGAUCCCUCCCAUUGUAGCAACAAUGGCACCGUCCACCUCAUAUGCAAGCUAGAUGACAAGAACCUUCCAAAUGUCCCACCAUUGCAACUGAGCGUCCCAGCCGAUUAUCCACAUCAGAGCCCCUUGUGGAUUGAUAACCCUCAGCAGUACGAAGCAAACCCUUUCUUGCAGUCAGUGUAUCGCUACAUGAUGUCAAAAUUGCUGCAGCUUCCUGACAAGCACUCUGUCACAGCACUCCUUAACACCUGGGCGCAGAGCAUCCGCCAGGCCUGCUUGUCUGCUGCUUAAUGUCUCGUCAUCUCCUCUUGCUGGGCCUGAGCUGGAAAAAAUCACAGCCAAGCAGGGCAGGAACGUGUGAAGCAGAAGCCUUAAAUUGUUUUUGUUUACUAGGAGCCCGGCUUUGUAAAGAGCCUGGAAUUAGGUUUAGUGCUUGUGCUUCUUCUGCCUUUGUAGACCUGCCCAUAACUUGAUGCAGGGGGUGGAUUUUCACGGUUCUUACGGCAGACGUGUUAAUGACUUUUUUUUAAUGUCUUCUUAGAGAAGAGUGUGUGUAGACUUCUGUCACGGAGUCUCCCUACUAUAAGAAAAGGGACAGCGUCCUUCAGACCUCGUCCAGUGCCCAGUAUGUAUGUAUAUAUGUAUGCUUGGUUGGAUACCAGCCCAAGAAGAGGCUGCCUGCACACCCACCACACAAGCUGUUCUUUGAUAGCUGUGUGCAGUGACUGACUGAAGCAGGUGAGCGGUUUGUGUCUUCCCAACUAUGAGGCAGCCAGCUAUUAGACUGAUGUGGCUCUGGCAAGCCAUGCGUCAAGUGUCAUUCAUCAACUUGUGCCUCACGGGAGGAGCCUGGCUGGGCAUAGGGUGAGACUGAGGCUGCUUCACUCAGCCCUGGUUUUGCUUUCUCCUACCUCCCAUGCACAACUCUCUUGAUCUUUGUGGAAGUAUUGCUGUUUUUACAUACUUCUGCUAUCACCUUUGCAGCAGAGUCGCUGAAUACUGGCUUGCACUCUUCCAACACGGCAUCCAAUUGCUGUGCUAUCUGUAAAUGUGUGAUUGCUGUGUCAAUUUGAGGACAUUUUUAAAAAUGUACUUAAGAAGCUCUGAUUGAUUGCAGUACAAAGUAUCAAUUAUUUCAUACAUGAACUAAGGCAUUUGUUUUAUUGUAAUAAAUGUAUUGUUCCAGUG